CAAACUUUGUAAUAUCUUUGUUAUUUUUCGUUUAUGUUUAUAGCUGUUAUAACGAAAGUUGUAACGUUUUAUGUAAAUUAUUUUAUGUCAUAUGUUUUUUAGCUAAUUUAUGUAGUAUAUUUUCCUAACUUUUUUACAAGUUAUUAAAGCGUAUUAUUUCCUAAAUAAGUGUUAUAGAAUUUAAUUUGUUAAAUAUCUAUAACUUAAAAUGGUUCAUAUUUCCAAACAGAAAAUAUACAAAAGAACCGUAGGAGACUAGCUUAUUCUCAGUGAGAGGUUCCUCUAAUCGAUAUGUUCGGUGUUAACAGACUGACAUACAAAACUCUGCUGGUGAGCUGCCCGCGGACGUGUGCAGUGACGAGUGCCAUAACGCGAUCGCGCUCAACAUGCACCUGUCACAGAUCCCCGGACGGGUCACCACUACGCUGCUCUCUAGGGACAUAUCGAAAGGUCUAGAGGAGUGGCCCGUGCGGUGUGUGAACGAAGUGGACGACGAGCCGCUGCCCUCGGACUUCACGUACGUCACCAGGCACGUGAUGCCCGAGCCCAUCAACAUAGACAACACCAUCGCCACCAUGAAGGGCUGCGAGUGCGUGGAUAUUUGUGAUGCGAGUUGCGCGUGCCACGUGCUGAGCGUGCGCCGCUGGUGGUCGCGGGGCCGGCUGCUGGCCUCGUUCCCGCACCAGGACCCGCCCAUGCUGUUCGAGUGCAACCAGACGUGCGCCUGCGACAAGAGCGAGUGCGGCAACAUGGUGGUGGGCGCGAUGUUGCGCGGCGGGUCGCUGGGAGCGCGCGUGUGCGUGUUCCGCACGCGGGGGCGCGGGUGGGGGCUGCGCGCGGGGGCGGCCGUGCCGCGCGGCGCCCCCCUCGCCGCGUACGUGGGCGAGCUGCUGCCGCUGGGCGCCGCCGACACGCGCGCCGACGACCGGUACAUGUUCGCGCUCGACCUCAAGCCGGACCUGCUCGAGCAAUGCAGCGACAAGAGCCUGCUGUGCGUGGACGCGUGCCGGUUCGGCAGCGCGGCGCGCUUCAUCAACCACAGCUGCCGCGCCAACCUGGCGCCCGUGCGCGUGUUCGUCGCCGCCAGGGACCUGCGGCUGCCCACCAUCGUGUUGUUCGCCACCAGGGACAUACGGCACGGCGAGGAGCUCACGUUCGAUUACGGAGAUAAGUUUUGGUCAGUGAAGUCAAAGUACAUGAAAUGCGAGUGUGGCACCCCAGAAUGCAGAUACCCUGAAAAAUCUCCAGAGUCCGAUUCUUAGUCACAAAAAUUCCAUAAUAAUGAUGUCUCUAGUGACUUCUCUUACAUUCUUGUAUUCAAUAAAGAAAAACAUUUAAUUGAUGAUAUAGCCAUCAGAAUCAAAACG